AUGGCGACGUCCUACAGGGCUUUGAAGUUCAGGAGGCAUGCUCCAACCUCCACUCAGCACCACCCAAAGGAAGACAUGAACUUCCAUCAGCAGCCACCAGGGCUACCGGGCGCAGCACUGGGGCAGACAAUGAGUCCCCCACACUGGCAGGUGGGAGAGAGCAACCCGGACUUCCUCCCCAACAACUUCAAUCAGCUGAAUUUGGACCCUCAGCAGCCAGAAGCAGACGGGGGCCAACAGAGGUCAAAGGGGCCCGAAAACAACCUGUACAGAAAGUACGAGGAGAAGGUGCGGCCCUGCAUUGACCUCAUCGACUCCCUGCGGGCCCUGGGCGUGGAGCAGGACCUGGCCUUGCCCGCCAUUGCCGUCAUUGGGGACCAGAGCUCAGGCAAGAGCUCCGUGCUGGAGGCUCUGUCGGGGGUCGCCCUCCCCAGGGGCAGCGGAAUCAUCACCCGGUGUCCGCUGGUGCUGAAACUGACAAAGCGGGAGUGUGAAUGGACGGGGAAAAUCACCUACCGCAACGUGACGCAGCAGCUGCACAACCCCUCCGAGGUGGAGCGGGAGAUUCGCAGAGCCCAGAACAUCAUAGCUGGGAAUGGAGUUGGCAUCAGCCAUGAGCUCAUUAAUCUAGAGGUCACCUCCCCUGAGGUCCCAGAUCUGACCCUCAUUGACCUUCCCGGCAUCACCAGGGUGGCUGUGGAAAACCAGCCACAAGACAUCGGACUGCAGAUCAAGGCACUCAUCAAAACGUACAUCCAGAGGCAGGAGACCAUCAACUUGGUGGUAGUCCCCUGCAACGUGGACAUCGCCACCACGGAGGCGCUGAGCAUGGCCCAGGAGGUGGACCCCGAUGGAGACAGGACCAUAGGGAUCCUGACCAAACCAGACCUGGUGGACAAGGGCACCGAGAAAGGUGUCCUGAAGGUCAUGCAGAACCUCACCUAUCAUCUCAAGAAGGGGUAUAUGAUCGUGAAGUGCCGGGGCCAGCAGGAUAUCACCAACAAGCUGAGCUUGGCAGAGGCAACCAGGAAAGAAGUAAUGUUCUUUCAGACACAUCCGUAUUUCAGAGUUCUUCUGGAUGAAGGAAAGGCCACGGUGCCUCUUCUGGCAGAAAGACUUACCACCGAGCUCAUCUGGCACAUCAAUAAAUCGCUCCCCUUGUUAGAAAACCAAAUAAAGGAGAAACACCAGAGGGCGACAGAGGAGCUGCAGCAGUACGGGGACGACAUUCCCAGCAAUGAAGGGGAUAAAAUGUUCUUCCUCAUCGAGAAAAUUAAGGUAUUUAAUGAGGACAUUGAAAAGUUAAUACAAGGAGAAGAAAUUGUAAUAGAGACAGAGUCUCGCUUAUGUAACAGAAUCAGAGAGGAGUUUACAAGAUGGGUACUCAUACUUACCACCAAUAUCGAAAAAGUUAAAAGUAUCCUUAACGAAGAAGUCUCAAAAUAUGAAAAGAAGUAUCGAGGCAAAGAACUUCUCGGAUUUGUUAAUUACAAGACGUUUGAGACUGUUGUGAAGCACUACCUGGGACAACUGAUAGACCCAGCACUCAAGAUGCUCCAGAAGGCCAUGGAAAUUAUCUGGCAAACUUUCAAGGACACAGCCAAAAAGCAUUUUGCUGAAUUUUGCAAUCUGCAUCAAACAGUCCAGAACAAGAUCGAAGACAUAAAAACAAAACAAAUGGCAGAAGCAGCAAAUCUGAUCCAACUUCAGUUCAGGAUGGAGAAGCUGGUUUUUUGUCAAGACCAGAUUUACGGCGUGGUUCUGAACAAAGUCCGAGAAGAGAUUUUUAAUUCCGUGGGAAAGGCUUCAGAGAAUCCUCAGUCGAAGCAUCCCUUUUUAAAUAAUCAGUCUUCAGUUUCCUCCAUCGUUGAGAUUGGGGUCCACCUGAAUGCAUAUUUCACGGAAACCAGCAAACGGCUCGCCAAUCAGAUCCCAUUCAUCAUUCAGUAUUUUAUGCUCCAAGAGAAUGGUGAUAAGGUGCAGAAAGCCAUGAUGCAGCUUCUACAGGAGACACAGCACUAUUCCUGGCUGCUUCAGGAGCAGAGCGAUACAGCUACCAAGAGGAAAUUCCUGAAGGAGAAGAUUUUUCGGCUGACUCAGGCACAGCAAGCUCUCUACGAAUUCCCCCAUUUCAAAGGGUAA